CCAGUGGCUAAAAUACCCUCAACAUAAAUUUUAAAGACAAAAAACUGCUACGUUGUUACCACUUUUUUUACUCACAUUUUCUACUAUGUAGCCAACGCUGAAGCUGAUGAAUUCUGGAAUUGAGUGAUUUGCUUGAACAUGGGAACUGAAGUUCGAUAUGCAAGUUUCUUGGGGACUAAAAGACUAUUAUGGCUAGUGGCAUCCGUUUUUGUUAUGGUUUUGAUCAUUCAAUAUUUCGGAUUUCCAAACAUAUAUGUUGUCCCCUCAUUAUUUUCUUCCAGCAAAGGUCAAGUAGCAUUUUUAGGCAGCUUUCAAUCUGGAGAGUUAUCUGGUAAUUCUAAUAUAUCCGGAAACCUGACGUUUGCUAGUGGUUUGAACACUACUGCCUCAAAUGUUGUUCAUGAAGGAACAGCCAAAACUGAGCUGUCAAAGACAAAUGAUGCAACCGUUGAAGACUCUAAUGCUACCAUGAUUGAAGAUACUGAAAUUGAAGACAAAUUUCCACUGCAGGUUGCUUUUGGUUAUGAAUUUGUUAUGCCAACAUCUGAAAAUAAUUUUGUACUAGAUAAGCCAGGUAAAUACGACAUAGCUCACGGAGUGGCAAGAAAUGAAACGAUAGACGACAAUCCUAUAAUCACAACCGCUGCACCUUUGGCAAUGGUUAUCUCUCCUUUGACAUCUUCCAUCCAAAACCAAUCAACAGAUCAUUCUUGCCUGAGGAAUAUUCCUGCUGUGAUUGAAAGGUCUGACCGAGCAAGAAAAAGUGUGGCAUCAAUAUCUCAAAUGAAUUCUAUGCUGCAAGAAAGUCAAACUUCAUUUUGUUCAAUGAAACCACGAUGGUCCUCGGUUGUAGAUCAAGAACUAUUACGUGCAAAAUAUCUAAUCGAGAAUGCGCCUCUCUUAAAGAGUGAGCCUGGAUUAUAUGCCCCUCUAUUUAGAAAUCUGUCCAUGUUUAAAAGGAGUUAUGAAUUGAUGGAGAAGACACUCAAGGUUUACAUCUAUGCUGAAGGGGAAAGACCCAUAUUCCACUCUGGACCUCUCAAUGGAAUAUAUGCUUCAGAGGGAUGGUUCAUAAAGCUGCUUCAAGAAAACAAAGGAUUUGUUACUAAGAACCCCAAGAAAGCUCACUUAUUUUAUUUGCCGAUAAGUUUCCGAUUACUAAAGUUGACAUUGUACGUGCCUGAUUCUCACAACCGUACAAAUAUAAUGCAUUUUUUAAGUAACUAUGUUGAUAUGAUCGCGCAAAAGUAUCGUUUCUGGAAUAGAACAGAUGGAGCUGACCAUUUUAUUGUUGCCUGUCAUGACUGGGCCCCUGCGGUGACGGAUGAAAUUAUGAGUAAUUGCAUAAGAUCCUUAUGCAAUGCUGACCUGAGAGGUGGCUUCCAGUUUGGUAAAGAUGUUUCUCUACCACAACCGAACAUUCGCUCGAGUAUGAACCCUCUUGCUGAUCUUGGAGGAAAACCAGCUUCCAAACGGCGUACCCUUGCUUUCUUUGCUGGACAUAUGCAUGGUUAUCUCCGCCCUAUACUACUGAAGCACUGGGAAAACAGAGAUCCUGACAUGAGGAUUUAUGGUGGAAUAACUAAGGCAAGCUAUUUACGGUACAUGAAGAGUAGCAAGUACUGCAUAUGUGCAAGAGGUUCUCAAGUCAACUCUCCUAGAGUGGUAGAAGCUAUUUACUAUGGAUGUAUCCCGGUGAUCUUAUCCGAUAACUAUGUGCCCCCGCUCUUUGAGACUCUAAACUGGGAAUCUUUUGCUGUAUUUGUCCAGGAGAAGGAUAUCCCAAAUUUGAAAAACAUACUUCUGUCCAUUUCGGAUAAGAAAUAUAAGCAGAUGCAUGGAAGAGUUAAGCAGGUGCAACAACAUUUUCUCUGGCACAUUAAGCCUUCUAAAUAUGAUGUUUUUCACAUGAUACUCCAUUCAGUUUGGCACAACCGAGUUUUUGGAAUAAGAGCUAGGUAAUAAAUGUAGAUAUACACUAGAGGUUGUAGACUUGAUGAAAUAAUAAAUGGUGUACAUUAGAUAUACAGUAUGUUCCAUUUUUGCUUCACUUUUAGCUUGUGUGGUACAUAAACAACAGAUUGGUGUUCUUAUAAGAUGUAUGAAGAGUUCCGUGGCUUUUAGUAUGUCAAUGUUUCACCAUGUGACUAUUGCGGCCUGGUUGAAUUGAUCUAUUUAUGUUAGUAAGCGGCGGGAUGAACCUUAUGAGUGAGACUUUUUGGUAACAUCCUUGUCCCAUAUUCCAAUUCCAAAGAGAGAGACUAAAGAGUAAGGAAGCAAAAGAGUGGCAUUUAAUGUUUACUGAUUGUGUUGUGGAAAUGAAAAUGUGAGCUACAGCUGAUAAUCAGAAGUUCCUUUCAAGUGAACACUGCAAUUUGGAUUGGAUGCACAUGUGACACAUGACACGGGCAUGCAGAUGAGGGUGGGUCGAGAAGGAGGACUUACAGGGUUCCAAGUUGGAAAGCUUCUUAAAAAAGGGUGCAUUUGAUACUUAGGCAAAUGCCACAUCAGGAAGGAGAUCAAAGUGAAGUGCUAUAUAAGACAGAUCACAAAUUCACAUGGUAUGCAUGUUUUUGGGGUCGAUAUGAGAGAGCCUAAAUAGGAAAAAUAAGAAUAGGAGUACAUACACUGCACCUCUCAUUUGCUGCUAGUCUAAAGUUACACUUAAUUGUGUAAGGAAUGCAGAAAGUCUCCAAAACGAUGAGAAUUUUGUUUGAUGUUUUGCAUGAUUACGAGAAGAAGAGGCCUAACGUGAUGAAGAACAGCUUGUCAAUAUAGCCAGGAUAACUGCCUAGCAUAGCAACCCCACAAGGGAAAUUAAGAAAUAAUACCCUUGUGGGAGGAGCGGUAUGUAGGCAAGUCAUCCUUGGCUAAUAAACAAAGACUCUUCACUUCA